CUUACAUUGUAAUGUUUUGGGUUAUAGCCCUUUCCUAACAUUUAAACUUUUGAUGCCACCUACCCAGGGUGAAAGAACUAUUCAAGACCUAAAAGAAAACAGCCAGCAAUAUACAUGUUGACAGUCAUUUUUCUGCACUUUUUUCACCCGGAAGUCAGUAACCCCCAGUCUGGCACUGAAUUUUUGUUUACAUUUCAUGAAAAUACUAUAUCACUAAAACAAGCAAAAUUUUCAAGCAAAAUACACCUUCAAAUAUUUUUUCCUCAAUUAAUCAUGGCUUAGAACUUCAAUUUAAGAAAUAAAACAGUUUCCAAACAUUUUCAACAGAUAUUUCACCAAUCAGAGACCACUUUACAUCUAAAAUAUUUGUCUCAGAAUACCAUAUACUUUUUCAACCAAUCAAAAGCCCAGUGACUUAUUUCCCUUUGACCUAAAGUCAAUAUCUAUUUUCAAUAUUCCCCUUUAUCAAAUCAUAUUUAUUAAUAGUAAUCAAUUUCGCAUAUAACUACCAAAUUUCAUUGAAAAAUAUCAAGCGGUUUCAGAGAAAAUCACAUUUUUACAACACCACCCCCUUCCUUAUGAUACAGUAUAUAGACAAGUUGUAGUUCUCUCCCUUUAAUUUUUUUUUUUAAUUUUCACUGAAAAGUGAACUUUAAUGUGACCGGGAUGGGCCAUAUUUACUUUUAACUGUAAUUUAAAGUGUCCCCUACAUUUUAGUUGAUGAUUGAACCAUAAUUAUGCUAUAUUACACAAUAUUAUGUAAUAUUCAAUAAUAUAACCAAUUUUCAGUCAAAUUUUACCUUUAAACAGUUAAAUUUUGAAUUUAAAUUAUAUCAUAUAGAAAACAAACAUGUAUUUAGUUAAAGGGAAGACUUCUACACUAACUAUCUAUAUAAAUAUCAUGAAAACACAAGAUAUGUCUGUCUUAUGUUACAGAAUUAAUGGUCAGUAUACAGAUUAGGACUUAGGUGGGUGAGUCUACUUCAGUUAUAAAUUCACCACAGAGGACUCCCAGAUGUGGGUCAAACCAAAAAAUUGUUUGCUGAUGGCACUGAUAACACUAUCCAGCAUCAUUCUGAGCUUAUAUGCAGAAGAAAUUAAACAUAAUUGCUGUGCUAAAAUAUUUUGGACUUACAAGUUUAAAAUGAAAGGAGACAGAUCUAGGUGUAAAGGCCGCUUCAAACGUGGCCAUAAGUACUCUAAAGGAUCAAAGAAGUGUUUGCCACUUGGUGCAGCGGUGCAGUAUGUCAGACCGACAAAGCUUGAGGCAGAGCUCCUCGAAUCGGACCCGGUUAUUGAUGCAGCAAUGUCCUCACCGUUCACCCAAGGCGACACCCACCCCGUGGUCAAGAUACUACGCCCCAACAGUAACCGAACAUCUUAUGCAAGUAAAAAUGAGACAAAGGAUUCCGAAGUAAAUACAACCACUGACUGCAACAAGCUGUUUCAUGUCGGAAAACUUUGGGAGAUGAUCAAUUGUGUAACCCGGCAGCAUCGCGAGAGUAACCCCAGUUGUCGUGGUGAUUUGGCCUUUGAUCCACAUAGAGAGAUGCAAUGGGGCAUCGUUUGGAGAGAGGCUGUGCUCUGUGACAGUUGCCCGUAUAAGUCAGAAAUGUUUAACCUAUAUAAGGAGGUAAACACUGGGUAUACCACAGGUCGUAAAGCGGCUGCAGCCAAUGUAGGUAUUAAUGUUGCUCUUACACAGACCCCUAUAGCAGCAUCAAGCCUGACAAAAAUUCUAGCUGGUGGGAACAUCAAGCCGCCAUCAAAAAGAGGUAUUACCCAUAUGAACAGAAAGGUAAGAAAUACAAUAAUAAGUGAAAAUAAACGAGACAUGUCGGAACGUAUAAAACAGCUUAAGAAGAUAAACAAGUGGAAAGGUCGCCCGGAGACCCAUAUUGCAGCAGAAGUGGAUGCCGUUUACCACAACUCCCUCUAUUCAGGCGUUGGACGAACUCCCUUCCAGUCAGCCACUCAAUGCACACUGACUGUAUGCGAAAACCUGACGCCAAAAAAGCAAAUUGUUGCUGUAGAGACUGUUAACAAAUUAUGCUCAAAAAGUGGAUUUCACACGAAAGAUGAUGACGAAUGCAAUAUUAAGUCUGAUACGUGUUCCGCAACAGCCAGUAUGGAAACUAACAUUGGUAAUGAGGAAAAGUGGGCCGAAUACUGUUUUGAAGACCUUAAGAGUGAGGGAAUAGAGGUUAAAUACCUAACAAGUGAUGGUGAUGGAAAGGCCUGCGAGGGAGCACGGUGUCUGUUUGAACAAGGCAUCACAACUGUCGAACCAAUUCAACAACUAGACACAAGGCAUCUUGGUGCAAAUCACCGAAAAUUUAUCAAGUCAUCAGCUAAGGCCACAGAUAUGAUGCCAGGUAGAACUAAAGCUAUCCGCACUCAAAUACAGAAUAAAUUUGCAGUAGACCUAAGUCAACGCUGUCAGGCAGAAAUGAGCUGUAUAGUAAAAAAUAAUGUUUCUUCCAAUCUGCUAGAUAAGACAAGGGACUGCAUGGUCAUGAUAAAGAACUGCUAUGCUGGAAAUCAUAUCCUAUGUGGCAUGAAUUCUGGAGUAUGUAAAGGCAAUAUUGACAAUAACUGGAUCCACAACAGUAUCUACCUGCCAAAAGGGUUCAAAAUUGACAUUGGUAAUCAAGCCCAUGAAGAAACAUUAAUGCAGCUUAUAGAAUACCGCCUUGGGGACCAGACAGUCAGCCUAACAAAAUUAAAUACAAAUAGCCAAAAGGUGGAAGCAACAAACCGUGCAAUAAAAAGGUCCUUACCUCGAGACAAGACGUUCUCUAGGUGUUACGAGUCACGUGUUCACAGUGCUUUACACUCUGUAAACAAUGGUCCUGGGGAUUCACUGCGUAAGCUGUGUCAAGCCACUGGGUGUCCAAUUCCAACUGGAAGUCAGGUUGACAAAACACUUGACACUCUUCAACGGGAGUCUGAAAGAAAGAAAGAGCGUGAACGGUCAUUAGUGUACAAAAUCAAGAGAAAAACUAGAAGAAAUCUACUAUAUAAACUGUAUGAAAAACACCAAGAGCAGAAAAAGUACAUUAAAAACCAAUUAACAAAAUUCCUUAAUAAACGUCGCCAUAAAAGACAGCUACUACUGAAAUCGACUCCACUACCCGCCAUUGAUCACGAUAAAUAUAGCAGAGACCCAAGUAUAAACACGAAAAAUAGAAGACAACUGCGAAUACGUGCCACCAGGAAAAAUACACCGAGGUUCACAGCCAAUGCAGACACCAGUACUCGCACACCCACGACGCCCAAGGUUAUUAAAGUGUGGCUCAACAAUAAGGUGGGAUAUGUUUAUACACCAUUUAUUAUGACAGAGGUGGGAACAGUGUAGCCUGUUUUCGUCCAUGUCUGUCUCAGGAAGA